AUGAACUUCUUCUUAGACUAUGCAAUUUGUAACCGGGGGACCAACGCCUACGCGCCCAAGGAGUUUCUUCAUCACCACCAUCACCACCACCAUCAGCAGCAAUUCGACCCAGGAGCCACUUCUUUCCCAGCUGGCUCAGGGACCACUCCUGGCUGUGACAGCUACCCUUCAGAUGGACGCUAUGGGGCCCCUGCUGCUGAGCCCAACGCCCACCAGCAUCCCCAUCAUCCCCAUCCCCAGCAGGACCCACAGAGCUAUCACCAGCAUCCUCAGCAUCCUCCAUCCCACCCAGCUGGCCUUGGCAUCUCCUUCUCAGGGUCUUCUCAUCCAGAAGAAGGAGGUGGUAGUAGUGGUGGUGGCUUCUCCUCCACCAUCUCCCCCAGCUUCCUCCCCCAGCAGUUCUACCUCAGCCCCCCAGAGACGGAUGGUGCCUACUUCUCCCAGCCUUCGGCCUACCCAGCCAGCUCGGCAGCCGCAGCGGUCGCUCUGGCCGCCCCAGCUUCAUCGUCUCCUCCUUCUUCUUCCAGCCUGGGAAGUCUACCUGAAGGCUUCUGUGGCCCCACGGGACACUUCCAGCCCUCCCACCUCUAUGGACCUGAACAGGGUGGCUAUCUGCAAGGGGCUUUUGGCAACCUGUCCCCACCUUUGCCUGAGAACAAAGACCCCAGGGCAGUCUCCUUGGGCCAGCGAUGCCCCACCGAGGUGGUCAGUACCAACGCUGGGAGCCCCACUUUCGACUGGAUGAAAGUGAAAAGGAAUCCCCCGAAAACAGCCAAGCUCUCCGACUACGGGCUGCCGGUGCCCAGCUCCAGUGCCAUCCGGACCAACUUCACCACCAAGCAGCUGACGGAGCUGGAGAAGGAGUUCCACUUCAGCAAAUACCUGACCCGGGCCAGGCGAGUGGAGAUCGCGGCCACCUUGGAACUCAACGAGACUCAGGUCAAGAUCUGGUUCCAGAACCGGCGGAUGAAGCAGAAGAAGCGGGAGAAAGAGGGCCUGUUGGGUGCCCCCCCUCUUGGCACCCACAACUCCGUGAAGGAAGCCAGCAGCGAGGUUGCCUCGGAUGGGUCCAGUGGGUCUUCCACCCCUGAUGCUUCUCCUGGGUCGGUGUCUUCUUGA